AUGGCAACCUCUCCACCACCCUUAACCGGCCUUCGAGUCAUUGAGCUCGCCGGUUUGGCUCCAGGCCCUUUUGCCUGCCUUCUCCUCGCCGAUUAUGGCGCCUCUGUUCUCCGCAUUGAUCGGGCUCACCCUCAAGCUCAUACCCUGAACCCUCCACCUCCAACGUCUGAUUCUCUUAGUCGCCACAAGUCCUCGAUAGCUUUAGACCUCAAAUCCCCCAACGGCCUUGCCCUUCUCAGAUCCCUACUGAAUCAUGCCGAUAUCCUCAUCGACCCAUUUCGCCCAGGAGUGCUGGAGUCAAUUGGUCUCCAUCCAAAGGAUUUGCUCAUCGUGAACCCUCGCCUCAUCAUUGCCCGCCUCACUGGCUUCCGCCGAGAUGGCCCCUACGCACCAAUGGCUGGACACGACAUCAAUUACCUCGCCGUCUCGGGCCUCCUCUCCCAACUCGGACGAGCCAAUGCGCCACCCUCUUUUCCCGCCAAUAUAAUUGCAGAUUUCGCAGGUGGAGGACUGAUGUGCGCCUUUGGUAUCCUAGCUGCGUUGGUGAGUCGGACGCAGACGGGAAAGGGCCAGAUAGUGGAAGCAAAUAUGGUGGAUGGUAGUGCCUACUUGGGAACAUUCUCUAGAUUUCUGACAAAAACACCGCUGGGGGAUAGGCCAAGGGGAGAGAAUAUGUUGGAUGGUGGAUGUCCGUGGUACGAGGUCUAUGAAUGUAAGAAUGGAGGUUACAUGGCUGUGGGGGCUCUGGAGGAUAGUUUUUUCGGGGAAUUUCUGAAGGGACUGAACAUCGAACAAGAGCUCCUGGCUACGCGAAACGACCGCACUACGUGGCCAACCCUCAGGAAAACUUUCCGUGAACGCUUCUUGGAGAAUACACGGCAAGAAUGGGAGCUCCUUUUUGCGGGAAAAGAUGCAUGUUGCACACCCGUACUCUCACAAAUUGAGCUCGAGGAGCAAGGGUAUGAGCAGAGAUCUGCGGUUGGCCUCAUGGGAUCACCGGGUCUGCUCAUACCUCAAACAGAGGCAUGGAGUAGUCCCAACCUCUCGCCUGGGGCCGGUGGUGAAGAGGUCUUGAAAGGUUGGACAGGCUGGAAGAGAGGGAAAGAAUACCAGGUGGAAAAUGGUGGAUUGGUCAAAAUCGAAGCUUCUAAGCUUUGA